CCAACUUCCAGCUUUUUUCCCCGCUCACCCACCACGCUGCCAUUGACUUGCUCCGGCACCGAACCCUCACAAGACAGCCUCAGCUUCAAGAGCCAUGGUACGAUGGGGCGAGCUGUUCAACGUCGAGGGCCGAGACAGGCGCCACCACUGGCGCGAUGAGAUGCGCGCACUCCUCCCUACGCGCCGCGAUGAUGUACCGCCCUCGCCCAUCGACGCCAAAGAAGUUACCAAGAUCGCCCUGCGCCUCAAGCACCAGAUCGAGGUCGUCAUACCCUGCGAGGUCUCCGUGGAGGAUGUCACCAAGCCGCACAGCCCGGUUAUUACUUCCGCUGUCGUUGACCUGGCGCGCCAGGCCGGCGGCGAGGAGAACAAAGCAUGCGUUGUGUAUGCGCUGCUGGUCGUCAAGAAGUGGUUCAACGAGCAGGCAGACCUGGAGCUGUGGGACACCGACCUGCACCAGGUGCGCGCAGAGGCAUGCCAGGUCCUUGCGAAGGCCAUCAUCGAGAGCGAGGAAGACGAGGUCUACCUCCACCAGCACGUCCUCCUCAAGAGAUACUCCAUUUUUGUCGACGGCCAGGAGACGCUGCCCGCCAACGUCAUCGAGCGGGCUGUCGACUUGCACGCACUCCUCGUUAUUGGUUCUGCGGGCUAUCAGAGGUGCAUUUCUUUCCUCUGGCGUGGCUGGCUGGUCCAGGACGACGAAGACCCAUCCAAUUUCGUCGACUACAAAGACAAAGGAGACACAAACUACUGGUCGCACUUUGACCCGGAGCGCAUGCGCGCCCCUGCCUACCAGAAUGCCGUCCAGAUUGCCUUCUCGCUCAUCUACCUGGGCCUGUAUACCGGUGCCAUCAACACUAUCAACCCGAGCGGCGACCUCGAUGUCGUCGAGGGGCUGCUGUACAUCUUCACCUGGGGCUUCAUCUUCGACGAAAUGGCCAAAUUCUGGAAGGUCGGCCGGUACUAUAUCAGCUUCUGGAACAUGUUCAACAGCACCCUUUACGCGCUGCUGACCAUCUCGUUUGUGACGCGCAUAAUCGCGCUGGUUCAUUCAGAUGGCUCUGACAAGCGCCAGCACUUCAACGAGCUGAGCUACAAUUUCCUAGCUUUCACCGCACCCAUGUUUUGGAUGCGCUUGCUGCUGUAUCUCGACACGUUCCGCUUCUUCGGCGCCAUGUUUGUCGUCUUAAAGGUCAUGAUGAAGGAGUCCAUUAUCUUCUUUGCGCUCUUGGUCGUGAUCCUGGUGGGCUUCUUCCAAGGCUUCAUGGGCAUGGACCAAGUGGACAACAAAAUAACAGCGACGAGCUUCAUCGUGCAAGCGAUGCUGAACGCCAUCAUGCAAAGCCCAGAAUUCGAAGGCUUCGACCGAUUCGCGCCGCCCUUCGGCCUGAUCCUCUACUACGUCUUCACAUUCGUAGUGAUGGUCGUGCUGCUCAACAUCCUGAUCGCGCUUUACAACAGCGCAUACGAAGACAUCACAGACAACGCCGUCGACGAGUACAUGGCACUCGUGAGCCAGAAGACGAUGCAGUUUGUGCGGGCGCCGGACGAAAACGUCUUCAUCGCGCCCUUCAACCUCAUUGAGCUCUUCUGCCUCAUCAUCCCCUUCGAAUGGUGGAUGCCCGCGCACACAUACGCGCGCCUAAACGACCACGUCAUGGCCGUCAUCUACAGCCCACUGUUACUCAUCACGGCACUGCUGGAGACGCGCCAGGCCCGCCGCGUCUGCAGUAAUCGCCACCGCGGCGGCCUCGACGACGACACCACGCAGGAAUGGGAGCAGCUGGCCGGGACGGUCGACUUUGAGGCGAGCGGGUGGAGCAAGCGCUGCGAGGAGGUGAAGCCCGCGCUGGGUGAGGAUGCGGCCGCGAAGGAGGUGCGUGCGCUGCGCAAGGAGGUUGCGGAGAUGAAGGAGCUGAUUAUGGCGUUGGUGCGGGCGAGUCCUGAAGGGAGCAGGUUCUUGGAAGAUAGUGGUGUUGUGGCUGAGGUGGGGGUGGGGGAUGAGGAUGGCGAUGGUGUUGGCGGCCCGGACGAGCAGGCGGUCGAGAGUGAGUAGUGCGUGUGUGCGCGCGCGCGUGCGUGUGAUAGUGUAGCGUGGGAGGCGUGUUGGAGCAUUGGUUUUGUGUUUGAGGACCUGUGUAUUGUUGUUCUUAGUAUACUGUAUGAGAUGCGAAAACAGAAUGAAGCGUAAUAUGCCAUA